CAGGCUGAGGAGCCGCGGGCGGACCGACGGGCGGGCGGCGGGCGGGAAUGCGGGCGGCCUGGCUCUAGCCCGGGCGCGGGGCUCCAGCCGCAGCCAUGGAGCGGCGGCUUCGCGCGCUGGAGCAGCUGGUGCGGGGCGAGGCCGGCGGCGGCCCGGGACUCGACGGCCUCCUGGACCUGCUGCUGGGGCUGCACCACGAGCUCAGCAGCGCCCCCCUGCGCCGGGAGCGCAACGUGGCGCAGUUUCUGAGCUGGGCCAGUCCCUUUGUAACAAAAGUGAAGGAGCUGCGUCUACAGAGAGAUGACUUUGAGAUCUUGAAGGUGAUUGGCCGCGGGGCCUUUGGCGAGGUGGCCGUGGUGAGGCAGAGGGACAGCGGGCAGAUCUUUGCCAUGAAAAUGCUGCACAAGUGGCAGAUGCUGAAGAGGGCUGAGACAGCCUGUUUCCGGGAGGAGCGGGACGUUCUGGUGAAGGGGAACGGCCACUGGGUGACAGCUCUGCACUAUGCCUUCCAAGAUGAGGAGUACCUGUACCUGGUGAUGGACUACUAUGCUGGAGGGGACCUCCUGACACUGCUGAGCCGCUUUGAGGACCGCCUCCCUCCCGACCUGGCCCAGUUCUACCUGGCUGAGAUGGUGCUGGCCAUCCACUCCCUACACCAGCUGGGCUACGUCCACAGGGACGUCAAGCCUGACAACGUCCUGCUAGACAUGAAUGGCCACAUCCGCCUGGCCGACUUUGGCUCCUGCCUGCGUCUCAACAACAGUGGCAUGGUGGAUUCAUCGGUAGCAGUAGGGACACCGGACUACAUCUCCCCUGAGAUUCUGCAAGCCAUGGAGGAGGGCAAGGGCCACUACGGCCCGCAGUGUGACUGGUGGUCGCUCGGAGUCUGUGCAUACGAGCUGCUCUUCGGAGAAACGCCCUUCUAUGCUGAAUCCCUGGUGGAAACCUACGGCAAGAUCAUGAACCACGAGGACCACCUGCAGUUCCCUUCCGAUGUGCCUGACGUGCCAGCCAGUGCCCGGGACCUGAUCCGCCAGCUGCUGUGCCGCCAGGAGGAGCGGCUGGGCCGCGGGGGGCUGGGUGACUUCAGGAACCACCCCUUCUUCGAAGGAGUGGACUGGGAGCGGCUAGCCACCAGCACUGCCCCCUACAUCCCCGAGCUGCGUGGGCCUAUGGACACCUCCAACUUCGACGUGGACGAUGACACCCUUAACCACCCAGAGACCCUGCCACCACCUUCCCACGGGGCCUUCUCCGGCCACCACCUGCCAUUCGUGGGCUUCACCUAUACCUCAGGCGGUCCCAGUCCUGACAGCAGCUCUGAGCCUGUGUCUGCCCUGGAGCGGAAGCAGGGGAAGGUGGAGCUGAGCUGGAAACACCAAGAGGCCCCGCACGGCCCCGCAGAGCCCCAGGAGCUGGCACAGCUGCAGAAGGAGGUGCAGAGUCUGCGUGAGAGGCUAGCAGAGACACUGAGGGACAGCAAGGCCCCCUUGUCGCAGACGGAUGGGCUUCCAGCUGCCAGCCCCAGCCAGGACAGUGACCUUCAGCAGGAGAAGGACCGCCUCCAACAGGAGCUGGCUGAGGUGCGGGCGGGGCUCCAGGCGCAGACCCGGGAGCUGCGCCGAGCCCAGAGCCGGCAGGAGGAGCUGCUCCAGAGGCUCCGGGAGGCCCAGGACCGAGAGGCCGCCGCAGCCAGCCACAUCCAGGCCCUGGGCUCGCAGCUGGAGGAGGCGCAGGGUGCACGCAGGGAGCUGGAGGGCCAGGUGGCUGCCCUGGGCCAGGAGGUGACACGGCUGCAGGGACAAUACAAGCAGAGCCUGGAGAAGGAGUCUCUGAGGCCCAAGACUGUCCACACGGCCUGUGAGACCAAUGGCACGGGACCACCAGAAGGGGGCUUGCGGGAGGCCCAGCUGAGGCAGGAGGUGGCCGCCCUGAGGGAGCAACUGGAGCAGGCCUGCAGCCACGGCGGGAAGGAGGAGGCCCUGUGCCGGCUUCGGGAAGAGAACCAGCGGCUAAGCCGGGAGCAAGAGCGGCUGGUGGAAGAGCUGGAGCAGGAGCUUCAGAGCAAGCGGCGGCUGGAGGGAGAGAAGCGGGAGACGGAGAGCAACUGGGAGGCGCAGAUCGCGGACAUCCUCAACUGGGUGAAUGACGAGAAGGUCUCCAGAGGCUACCUGCAGGCCCUGGCCACCAAGAUGGCUGAGGAGCUGGAGUCCUUGCGGAACGUGGGCACCCAGACACUGCCCCCUCGGCCCACGGACCACCAGUGGAAGGCCCGGCGGCUGCAGAAGAUGGAGGCCUCGGCCAGGCUGGAGCUGCAGUCCGCCCUGGAGGCUGAGAUUCGCGCCAAGCAGGGCCUGCAGGAGCAGCUGACGCAGGUGCAGGAGGCCCAGCUGCAGGCGGAACGCCGCCUGCAGGAGGCUGAGAAGCAGAGCCAGGCCCUGCAGCAGGAGGUGGCGGAGCUGCGGGAGGAGCUGCGGGCCCGCGGGCCGGGGGACACCAAGACCUCCAGCUCCCUCAUCCCCUUCCUGUCCUUCUGGAACACCGAGAAGGAUUCUGCCAGGGACGCCGGCAUCUCGGGAGAGGCCCCGCGGCCCGGAGCCGAGCCGGAGCUGAGGCCCGAGGGCCGCCGCAGCCUGCGCAUGGGGGCUGUGUUCCCCAGAGCUCCUGCCCCUGUCGCCACCCCUGCAGAAGGUCCUCCCCCCAAGCCUGGCUCACACACGCUGCGCCCCCGGAGCUUCCCGUCGCCCACCAAGUGUCUCUGCUGUACCUCGCUGAUGCUGGGCCUGGGCCGCCAGGGCCUGGGCUGUGACGCCUGCGGCUACCUCUGUCACUCGGCCUGUGCCCCCCAGGCCCCACCCUGCCCUGUGUCCCCCGACCUCCUCCGAACAGCCCUCGGGGUGCAUCCCGAGACGGGCACCGGCACCGCCUUUGAGGGCUUCUUGUCGGUGCCCCGGCCCUCGGGCGUGCGGCGGGGCUGGCAGCGGGUCUACGCCGCCCUGAGCGAUUCCCGCCUGCUGCUGUUCGACGCCCCAGACCCUCGGGUCAGCCCGGCCAGCGCCGCCCUGCUGCAGGCCUUGGAUCUGAGGGAUCCCCAGUUCUCAGCCACCCCCGUCCUGGCCUCGGAUGUCAUCCAUGCGCAAUCCAGAGACCUGCCGCGCAUCUUUAGGGUGACGGCGUCCCAGCUCACAGUGCCCCCCACCACGUGCACGGUGCUGCUGCUGGCCGAGAGCGAGGGGGAGCGGGAGCGCUGGCUGCAGGUGCUGGGCGAGCUGCAGCGGCUGCUGCUGGAGGCGCGGCCGCGGCCCAGGCCGGUGUACACGCUCAAGGAGGCCUACGACAACGGGCUGCCCCUGCUGCCCCACACGCUGUGCGCCGCCGUCGUCGACCAGGAGCGGCUGGCCCUGGGCACCGAGGAGGGGCUCUUUGUGAUUCACCUGCACAGCAAUGACAUCUUCCAGGUGGGGGACUGCCGGCGGGUGCAGCGGCUGGCCGUGAGCCCCGCGGCGGGCCUGCUGGUGGUGCUGUGCGGCCGCGGCCCCAGCGUGCGCCUCUUCGCCUUGGCCGAGCUGGAGAGCUGCGACGCCUCGGGCACCAAGAUCCCCGAGUCCAGAGGCUGCCAGGCCUUGGCCGCGGGGCGCAUCCUGCAGGCCCGCACCGCCGUGCUCUGCGUGGCUGUCAAGCGCCAAGUGCUCUGCUACCAGCUGGGCCCGGGCCCGGGGCCCUGGCAGCGGCGCAUCCGGGAGCUGCAGGCGCCGGCGCCCGUCCAGAGCCUGGGGCUGCUGGGCGACCGGCUGUGCGUGGGCGCCGCGGGGACCUUCGCGCUCUACCCGCUGCUCAACGAGGCUGCGCCCGUAGCGCUGGGCGCGGGCCUGGUGCCCGAGGAGCUGCCGCCGUCCCGCGGGGGCCUGGGGGAGGCGCUGGGCGCCGUGGAGCUCAGCCUCAGCGAGUUCCUGCUGCUCUUCGCCACGGCUGGCGUGUAUGUGGAUGGCGCGGGCCGCAAGUCACGCAGCCAUGAGCUGCUGUGGCCCGUGGCUCCCACGGGCUGGGGGUACGCAGCCCCCUACCUGACAGUGUUCAGUGAGAAUUCCAUUGACGUGUUUGACGUGAGGAGAGCAGAGUGGGUUCAGACCGUGCCGCUCAAGAAGGUGCGGCCCCUGAACCUAGAGGGCUCCUUGUUCCUCUACGGCACCGAGAAGAUCCGCCUGACCUACCUCAGGAACCCGCUGGCAGAGAAGGAUGAGUUUGACAUCCCUGACCUCACUGACAACAGCCGGCGCCAGCUAUUCCGCACCAAGAGCAAGCGCCACUUUUUCUUCCGGGUGUCGGAGGAGCAGCGACAGCAGCAGCGCAGGGAAAUGCUGAAGGACCCCUUUGUGCGCUCCAAGCUCAUCUCACCGCCCACCAACUUCAACCACCUGGUGCAUGUGGGCCCUACCGAGGGGAAACCCGGCGCCAAGGACCUGCCCCGGGCUCAGGAGCAGAAGGGACGAGGUGCCCGCAGCUCCAGCUCGCAAAGGCCACACAGCUUCUCGGAGACAUCACGUCGCCCAGCGUCCAUCGGCAAUGACGGCCUCCCUGGAGACGCAGAGCACACAGUGAAGAGGAAGCCUUGGACAUCUCUGUCCAGCGAAUCGGUGUCCUGCCCCCAGGGAUCGCUGAGCCCUGCGGGGUCGCUGAUGCAGGUCUCAGAGCGGCCCCGAAGCCUCCCACCAGCCCCGGAGUCAGAGGGCUCCCCUUGACGCCCUCCGGCAGGGCCCACCCCAUCCCAGGACAGAAAGACACGAGGGAGCACAGAACUUGAGGGGUGCCAUACUCCGGCUGGUCCGGGACACGUGGGAACUCGGUGUCAGAGGGGUCCUGGACGGGGCAGUGCCGGGGCGAUAGUGCCAAAGCUCUUCUUUCCAGUGCCAUGCCUGGAAGCGCGGAGGAGUCAGGAGGAGGAAGGAGGGCCGAGUCGAGUCCCCGGGAGCAGCUCCGGGGGCUUGUGUGCGCAGUGGCCCCUGGCGGGGGCCAGCAGGGGACGUGCCGGGGUCUCUGCUCGGGGUCAGGGUGGAGAGGCCAGCGUCUGCCUCAGAGAGAAGGACAGGCAAGGAGGAAAUGGGAUGUCAGCGGAGGGGAGAGAGAGACAAGCUGGGAGCGGAAGUGGAGAACAGGAAGCGGAAGCAUGUAGAAACUGGAAGGAGACAGAAGCCAUUGGGAGGCGGGGAGGCGAAAGGAUUGAUGGGGAAGAGGAGGUGGCGAGAUGGCAGGAGAGCCGCGGAGUGGGGGGAGCUGGGCGGGAGCAGCCCCAGCCCAGGGGCUUCUCUCUGAGCAGGAUUUAGAGGACUGGGUAGCAGGACCAGCGUGGUGGGCUAACCGCCCAGGCAGGGACGGGCUGGGAGGGUAUUUAUAAGAGCUGCUCGGUGGGCGAUGACCCCUAGCGGGGCACUGGAGGGUCUCCAGGCACACUUUGGCCCUUCCCGGAAAGGGAGGUCCUUUUCCUUGAAGCUUCAACCAACUGUAUUAGGGGGACAUAGGGGGCAUUUUAUUAUUGAUCACAGUCUUUAUUAUUGUUAUUAUAUUACUAUUUUUAUUAAACCUCUCCCUA